UUACACAAAUUAUUAGUAUGUAUAUAAAAAAAUACAGUCAUAAACUCUUGCAACAAUUUUUUAAUGGAAGUAGUUUUUCGACCAUUUGUCGAAUUUUUGUCUUGUUCUGACAUUACGUCAACUUGCUGCUAUACAUGUAACAAAAUAUCCUUAUUUGGCUAGGUGAUGUUGACACAGUGGACGUAUUAGAAGCACGUGAGAUGAGUCGGGCUUUUUCACGCAUGCACGAUGAAAACAGUAACGUACAUAUUCAACGUUAUGGAAACCAAUCGACUGUUUUGGCGGGCUUUCACGCAUGCUAGCGACAGACAGAACACUCGAAAAACCAUUAAAAAUUUGUUGAACGUUGUAAAUAAGAAACAAAACUAACACACGUGUCAAGUAUGUCGAAAAUAACUGGAUACGAUACGCACGACGAUGGACCAGGUUUCGUUGGGAUCAGAUUUUGUCAAGAAUGCAAUAACAUGUUAUAUCCCAAAGAAGAUAAAGAAAACAAAGUAUUGAUGUACGCUUGCAGAAAUUGUGAUUUCAAGCAGCUAGCUGACAGCAAUUGCAUUUAUGUAAACAAGAUUAUGCACGAAAUCGACGAAUUAACGCACAUUGUAGCAGACGUUAUAUCAGAUCCUACUCUACCAAGAACCGAAGAACAUCCUUGUCCAAAGUGUAACCAUAGAGAAGCGGUAUUUUUUCAAGCACAGACCAGACGAGCGGAAGAGGAAAUGAGGUUAUAUUAUGUGUGUACUAAUCAGCAUUGUUCUCAUAGGUGGACGGAAUAAACCUUGAAAAGCAGUUGACACAUUUUUUUUAAAUCGUAUAGAUUUCAAAUAAAAUAAAGAAAAAAUGUACCAUAACGAAAGGAGAA